AUGGAUAACUUUGUGAACACCGAAAAGGAUGUGGAGUACCUUCUGAAGUAUAGGAUUGUCGAACAUAUGCUUGGUGAUGACAAUAAGGUGUGCACUCUGAUUAACAACCUCGGAAGAGGAGUUGCUUUUCAUCCUAAACGCUACCACUUUGCUACUCUUUCUGAGCGCCUCAAUGGCUACUGCAGAAAGCCUUGGCACAAAAGGAAGGCAAAUUUGAGGCAAAAUUAUUUCAAUACGCCUUGGGCAACUAUUUCUGUCAUUGCAGCUGUUUUUCUCCUAAUACUGACUUGCAUUCAAGCAGUGUGCUCUAUUAUUUCUGUUAUGCCUUCUAAGAACCAGAAGUAUUAG